ACCAGUUGUCAACAUGGCGGAGUUUCAACAUCAAAAAACAGCUCCCAGCAACGUCAGCAUUGAUUUGAGUGCAGUAGACGAUAUUAGAACUCAAACUAAUCCUUACAAACAUGUUGAAAGUCCAAGCAAAUAUAUGCCGAGCCAGGAUGAGUUUCAAUUCGUGCAAGGUUCAUCUCCAUCAGGACAGUCUAUUGAAGGAACGAUGUACCAAGGCAAUACAAAGUUGGACGGCGGUUCAGCAUAUGGUGUAAAACAUCGGGGAGUUGCCUCUCGUUUGUUAGAGAAUCGAGGAUUUGGUUGGUUGUUAGAAGAGGAGGAUGACAACGAAGCUGAACUAAAACCACUUCUGGAGGAGCUGGAUAUAGAUCUAAAAGAUAUUUACUAUAAAUUACGUUGUGUAUUGUUUCCUAUACCACAACUUGGAUUCAAUCGACAUAUUGUACGAGAAAGUCCAGAUUUUUGGGGUCCACUUGUCAUUGUGCUAUUGUACUCAGUUAUCUCCCUUUAUGGACAAUUCCGAGUUGUGUCAUGGAUUUUAACCAUCUGGAUAUUUGGAUCUUUUAUUGUUUUCUUAUUGGCAAGAGUUCUCGGAGGGGAAGUUACAUAUUCACAGUGUCUGGGUGUUAUUGGCUACUGUAUUUUACCAUUACUUGUCAUGGCAACCAUAUUACCAAUUGUCAAGUCUUUUUAUUAUCUAAGUUUCCUUUUAAAGUUGUUAGGUGUUGUGUGGGCAGCUUACAGUGCCGGUUCCUUACUCUGUGUUCAAGAGCUUCAGCAUAAAAAACCUCUUCUUUUAUAUCCAGUCUUUUUACUUUAUAUAUAUUUCUUAUCUCUUUAUACUGGAGCCUAGAAACAAGGGAAACAACUCAAAACGGACUUAAAUCUUACAAAAUCCAGAACGUGGAAAUGCCUUUUAAAUUUUAUAUUAUGAUAAUAUCACCAACCUCCUUGUGUGAGAUUAACUCGAAGGCUUAAACACUUGAGUAAAAGAACAAAUACAACAGUUGUUAGAAGAUUACCUAUUAACAAGAAUGGAAACUGGUCUCUUUAUACCAGAAAUGACCAUUUUCUUACCACAGCAAUUGUUAUCUUAGGUAUAUGACCUUGGGUUAGUGCUAAAAGAUAAGGCCAACUCAGUUUUUCGUCAUAGCUCACAAGAUGUAAACAGCGCUAGGGCUAAUCCCAAGCCUAACCCUAACCCUAACCUACAAUCUCGCCAACAAUCACAUGCCCUAACCAUAUUUUCAUCUCAGUGACCUUGACAAAAAUUGAGCUGGCCUUAACAAAUAGAUUUAGCCAUGAUGUUGCAAGUAUCCGAGACGUGAUGUUGUAGAAAGCAAGUAGAACCCUUCUUCUAUAGAUGUCAUAACUGAUUAUACACAUAUUAAACUGGAUAUUAAAGGGGAUUGUUUUGAAAAAAUGUUUAUAUAAAGGGAACUAACUUCUACUUAAAUAUCUUCACAGUAUCACGGUAUAACAAUGCAUGUCAGAUUUGUUGACUGUAUUAAAAGGAACUGUAUAUAGAUGGUUUCGAUGGAAGAUGAUUAUUUCUCACUGAAAUUCAUUACUUUGUAACAAGUCAUGUGAUUGGUGGAGUGGGGAAGUUUUAAAACACCUUGACAGUGUGAAGAUGUCUAGAGAAUUAAACAAUAUUUUUAGAUCUAUAUUAUUUUUAUAUGGGAAUCUGUAAAUAACAACAUAGUAUGCAUUAACAAAACAUAACACAAGGUAUAUAUAAUAUAUGGAUAUAUUCCCUAUCCCUUGUCAGUUGUGCAGGACAGAGGGCCUGAGAAGGACAACUGUCUAGUCGUUCGGAUGGGACGAAAAACCAAGGUCCUGUGUUGUACACAUUGGUGUUCACUAAAAGAUCCCAUGACAGUUGAAAUUCGAUAUAAGAGUAGUGCUGCUGCCCGGUCAAAAUUUCCCUCAUUCCACACUGUAUGGCUUAUACCUGUCUUCAUUAGCCCAAUUGAAGCAGAACAGUAGAACGUUAAAACCCAUUUCAUUUCAUUUUUAUAUAUAGAUAUAACUACUUCUCUGUUAUUUAAUAAGUUAAGGAAAACGUGACCUGCAUGUGUUACAAAACAUCGUUAUUAAAUAACAGAGAAUUACGGUAGUUAUAAUCCAUAUAUACCUUGUGUUGUGUUUUGUUGUGAUUAGGUGACCAGGUAAACCAUCUAGAGGUCAUUUAAAGAAACAACAUAGAAUGCAAUAACAAUGGAAGUUUUCGAUUUAUGUAUAUACUAUUUGAUACCUAAAAUCAUAUCCUACUGAGUGAAAUUAAUUUUACGACAAAUUCAAGAGAAAAAUAAUUUUUGUUGAGAUAUUUGUUGUUUUUUUUAUCUGCAUAACUCUUGUUUGCUUAUGUUUUUAACAUCCCAUUCACACCAUAUAAUAUUCAUAUUAAGGUCAGACCAAUUUAAAAUUUUGGUGUUUAGGAUCUCGGUAAUUAGCCUUGUGAUUGGCUAUCUUUGAAAUUUAAAAACUUUAAGAUUAAUUGGCAGUGGAUGUUAGCCUUAUGAUAGACUACAAGCUAUGUUUGGGUUUUCUUUCUGUAAAAUUUAAAAACUUCAACAAUAAUUGUAGCCAAAUAUAGCAAGCCAAUGUUGAUGGGUUUUUUUGUUUUUAGAUUAUUUUUUUCCAAGAAAUAGAAAAACAAAAUUCUGUAUAAUUAAUCCUGAAGAACUAGAAUUUAAAUUGGUGUGGCUGUUUCGUUUACCACUGUAUAUUAUUUCUAUGCAAUGAAAUCAUUGUGAUCUUUCAUAAUUUCUCUAAAAUAAUUUCACGUUUUUCAGUAUCUGCUACAUUUACCAUGUGAACCAAGUGACUCUGGGGAUCUGAUAAUCAAAAUAAACUACUGUAUAUUGUUAGCUAUAUGUUUAAGUUUAUAAAAUAUUAACAUAAUGCAGGUACUUGAUUGUCAGUCAAGAAUGUUUUGAAUUGACGGAAUAGCAAUUAAGUGACACCGAAUCAACUAUUGUCACAGUUCUGCAAAUUCUGAAAUGAGAUAUGAGGUGAACAGAAUCGUUACGUUUAAGUUAUAGCUAUGGUGACUAGUCUAGAUACUAGGGGUGUUUAUCAACCACAGAUUAGCAAAAUUAAUUUGCAUUCAAUCAAAUUUUCAUCUGUAACGUCCAUCUAAUUCAAAUAUCGGUUACCCUAAUAAACAAAUUUAUCGACACCAAUUUACAAAGCGAUUACCACAAAUCGCUAAAUCACCCCUAGGUGUGAUUUGGGUGAUCAAUCACCUGUUAUUUUUUUCAACUAUGACCAGCCAGAAGAAUUGUUUACAGCUAAUUUGCACAUUUAACGAACUCUCGGAAGUAGUUUGAAAUUGACUAUACUGUCACAUGACACUAAAUUCAAAUUGAUUUGGCAAGUUGAUAAAAAAAAAGCCUAGUCUCCUAUAUGCAGUUUACAAAUUGAACCAAUAAAAUCGAUACAUUUGGAAAACUAAUCUGACCGCUAAACAAAACAAUGAAUGUUGUAAUUCUGGAUCUUUAUAACUUGAUUAUUUUGACUAAAGCAUUCAAGAUAUUGAGAUCUUGUGAAGAAAGUCCUCACGAUUCCCUGAGUCACUGUGUGUGUUUAUUUUAUCAUGUUAAAUAGCCAUUUUGUGAAAUCAGUUGUUGUAAGAUAUAUUUAUUGUUGAUAUUUGUAUAUAGUGUAAAUAAAGAACAGAGGGAAAUAAUCCUAAA